AUGAAUUAAUAUGAAGAUGGAGAAAGCGUUGACAAUAAUCAUGAUUCGCCAGAUUAUGACCAUCAAUAUCAAAACGAGUCUGAAAUACAAGAAGAUGAUGAAUCACUUCAAAGAGGCACUGUUCUAAAAGUAAAGAAAAAUCUAAUGCUUGAUUUUAUUAAUCCUGGAGAGGAAUAUAAUGAUUACUUAAACAAUGAUACAGAGGAAAAUAAGCUAUAAACUCUAGAUAAAUCGCUUUAGCAUUAUAGACAAGGCAAAAUAAAUUAUCAAAGUAAAAGGCAUCAUGAUGAUGAUUCGUAUGAAUUAAACUAUGAAGGCCCUCAUUCCUAAAAUCCAAACUAUACACCAAAUAGCUCUAUGAACUCAAGGAUGAUUGGAGCAGGCUUUGAUCCUGUUAAAAAGUUCAAUGCUAGGGCUGCACUCUAUGUCGACCUAAAAAUAGAUGACGAUGAUGAUGAGGAGGAUAAUGAAUAUGAGAUUAACACAAAAUCAGAUGAUCAUAAGGUAACAUACAAAAGAGUUUAUGAUGCUAAGUAUAAGAUCCCACCAAGUGAAAAGGUAUAAAGCCUUAAUUAUACAAUGGUGAAAAAUAAUGAUGAGAAGAUGCAAAAUAAAAUCAAGAAAUAUAAGAGAUACUCUAAUUUCAUCACUACUCUUUUGAUGGGGCUCGCUUCUGUUGGUGUGUUUAUGCUAUAUCUGAAUUAAUUUAUUGAGCUUAUAAGGAAACCAUAUUAUGUGACUAGAGCAAGGGUAAAGAUCACCUCAUUUUAAGACAAUGAGUACGUCACUGUAAAUAUGCUAAAAUACUUCUUAUACCGUAAUGAAUCAGAUAGCGCAACAGAUUCAACUGACGCUAACAAUUAAAUCAUAGUUUCUAAUCUUGAUGAGCUUUGUAAUGUUGAUGAAUAUGCACUCUUUGAUACUUUAGACAAAGCUAUUUCUGUUAAACAUAAUGUCUAGUCAAGCUACAUGUUCAUUUCAGUUGCUUUUGAUUUACUAUUAAUAGGAAUCGUCUCAUUGUUUAAUGUGAUGUAUAUUUCAUUUUAUUUGAAGGAGCAUUAGGUGCCUAUUAUUUUCAGAAAUCCUGAUUCGAGUUUGUACUAUGAUAUUUAGAGAGCGAAAAAUUUCUUCUUUGUUUGUUAUUUGACACUUACCGGUAUUUUAGCACAACUUAAUUUUUAUGAUGCUUAUGGAAAAUGUCUUCACACUUAGAAUGAGAAAUCAUUUAGCUCUACUGAUGUUGAUAUGUAUUAAUACGCUUUACUAGCAUUACUUUGGGUUGUUGCAAUACCUUUUUUAUUUUUAAUAGGGAUGAUUAGUAUAAGGGAUAAUCUCAAAGUGGGAUGCUAUCCAGUAGUUAUUGCAAAUCUAAUUUUCGCAUUUAUGCUUUUCAUUUUGAGCCAAAUUGUGAUUAUAAAUGCUAUAAUGUUUGCUUCAAGCAUCUUACUAUAAAUCUGUCAUCUAGCUAAUUAUGGUAUUUUUGGAAUAUCAUUGAUCAACAACAUUUAUUAUCAGUAUAAAUAUGCAAAAAUAGACGUGGUUGCCAGUGAUAAAAAUCAUGGUACUACAUGA